UUGAAUGCAAGGUUAUUACAUCAGCUGAUUGGUGUUAGAUGUGAUUGGCGCGAGUAACUGGAUUUAGACUGUGACAGUUGACUCUAACCAUUGUUUUAUUGUCUAGAAAUCAGAGGAAACCAUCUUCAUAGAAAAUGUAAACCGAGGAUGAGAAAGGAGAACUCUUGGAUGCUCAGAAGUUGUAUGAAUUUUAAAGACGAAGGAAAGAUGCAAUAUUUGUGGACUAGAAAAUUAAUAGUAUUUUAACCUUAGCUGAAGUCAUGGAACAGAAAAGUGAACCUGCUAAAAAUGGUGUCCAUUCCAAUUUGGAUGCCAACAAUGAUGAUAGUAACCAAGGAGACAACUUAGAUGUUUUGUCGCGGAGAAAAUCUUCAAUAUGGAUGACGAUAAAGGACAAGAUUCGUGUAGGAGAUAAAAACGCAACUCCACUGAAUUGGAAAUAUGUUUUCUUGGUAUUCAUUUCAUUAUUUUGCAGUGCUGUCUCUCUCACUUUCCUGUUUCCAUUCCUGCCAGAAAUGGUCGUGGGGUUUGGUUAUGCAGAGGAGGACAAGGGCUACUAUGCUGGUCUGGUGGCAUCUGCAGUAUUUGCUGGGAGGGCUGUGGGGAGCUAUUUUUGGGGCUGGUUAUCGGACAGAUAUGGACGACGUCCUGUAAUGAUGAUCACCAUAUUCGGAAAUGGAUUUUUCUCGCUCGUGUUUGGAUUUACCUACAAUCUUCCUAUGGCUAUCAUUUCGCGUUUCCUCACAGGACUUUCAAAUGGUACUGUUGGGACAGCAAAGACUAUGCUGUAUGAGAUCUGUGACAACACCAACCAGGCCUUGGGGAUGUCAAUAAUAUCUGUGGCGUGGGGGGCAGGGAUCGUCCUAGGUCCUACGUUAGGGGGACUCCUUGCCUCUCCAGUGAAGCGUUACCCACAAUCCUUCUCGGCCAAUGGUGUGUUUGCGAAAUUCCCAUAUCUCCUACCCAGCAUGAUCAUCUUUAUAAUUUGCGUGUUGGUGGUCAUCUUGGAUUUCUUCCUUCUCCCGGAGACUCUUAAUUCCAAAAAAAAUAUAAAUGUUAAGAAUGUAGAAGGUGAAGAAGAAGCUCUGACGGCGAUCACUAACGACUUGGCUAAAUCACAACAGGACGAGGAAUAUUUGCAGCCGAGAAUAGCAUUAUCAGUAGAGGACUUACACUGUGAAUCUGAAGCUGCGACCUAUUUAUUUCAAAAAGAGGCUCAGACAGGACACCAUGGAAUUCUUCGAGAGGAAUUGCGACAAAUGUUAUCGCACGAUCACAGGAAAAAGAGCCUUUCUUUGUGUCAUAUACCCGGAGACACAACGAGAAAAAAUGAUAAUUUUGUAAUUGAUGUGGCACAGAUUUCAAAAUCAAGCCAUGAAUUGAACAUAUCCAAGAGUGAAAAUGCUCCUGUUAAAAGUAAUACUAGGCAUUUGUCUGAGGGUGUGGAGGAAUCUUGUAAUGGUGAGAUACUAGUUGAAGGGAGUAAAAAGGAACAGCCUUCGGGAUGUUGGAAUGCUGUAAAAAACACAAACAUAGUGACACUUUUCAGAAUGGGGGAUGUCCGCCAGGCUGUCAUGGUCUACACAAUUUUCUCAUUCGGCAUGAUCGGGUUUGAGGAAAUCUUCACUGUUUGGGCUUCCACAGAACAUAGAUUUGACGGGUUAAACUACGCUCCGGAUAAGAUCGGAGCCGUGAUUGGGAUAUCAUCUGUUCCACUAUUAGUGUUCAACCUUUUCCUUUUCCCGUACAUGGCCCACACGUUUGGCCUCAAGAAAACAUUUGGUGGUUGUACCUUGGUAUUGAUGUUCGCCAUAACUGUGAUGCCUAUGUUACAUCUGAUACAAAACCAGGACACACUUUUGAUGGUGUUGGUCAUUUUGGUCUUGCUCCCACAGAAGCUUAUCACAGCAUGUUGCUUUAGUGCCUCUUCCUUAUUUGUCAACAAUUCUGCUCCACCCAAUCGAGCCGGAGCUGUGAACGGCAUCGCCAUGACUAUGACAGCAAUCGCCAGGUCAUUGGCUCCAGCAGUAGGGGGAAGCAUCUUUGCCUGGUCCAUUGGAUAUGGUGCUGAGAAACUGGGGCCGCCUUUCGAUGUCAACCUCUCCUUCUUUUUCUUUGGCUUCGUCCUCUGGACAAUGGCUGUGUACAGCAUCUUUAUAAGUGACAAGUUGAAUUUGCAGAAAAAAUAAUUUGUUCAGAAUUGUCUUAGCAUUUACCUUAUCUUAAAAACCUUUAUAUUGUAGGAAUUUUUUGUGACUGAAUAUUUUUGACCCAACAUGAGGUUCAGAAGGGUAAUAUUGUUGUUAUUUUUUUCCAAUUUGAAGCAGUCUACAGUAUAUUGUGUAUAGUGCUGCAUGGAUUCAUACUACCGUAUUUAUCUACAAAUAAGUCCCUGCUCAUAAAUCAGUGCUUCUUUUCAUUUUUGCAGAAUCAUCACUAAAGAUGUGUGUAGUAAACUCAGUUUGGUUCACAAUAUUAUGAGUACAGCGUACAUAUUAAAGUCGUUACCAAACUUUGAUACUUUAGAAGGUGGCUUUUUGAGGAUUAAUACGGUAAAUAUCUUAUUUAUGUCACAAUAUAAAUAAAUGUCUAAUGUUCUUACCAAAAUUUUAAUGACAUUGUGUAAUAAUCUGAUGUCUUCAUGUCAUUAAAUACCAUGUGUGUUAAUGAAUUAUAAUAUUGCUGUCUCCUCAGUUAUAAUUAAUUCUUAAUUGGUAUUGAUUAAAUAUACUGAAUGGUACAUUGUAAUUAAAAUUAAUCCCUAAUUGGUAUUCAACUGAUUUAAUGGUCAAUCUAGAUAUUUUAAUGAAUAUAGUUAAUGGGUUAUUUUAAAGGUCUUAAUAGGUUAUGCUAAGGUAUUAACUUCAAUUAAUGGUAUUAUAAACAUAUUUCUCAUUUGUCAUUACAUAAUUACUGUAUAGAUCUUUACACAUCUAUAAUUAAUUUAUUAAUUCAUAUCAUUUGUCGAAAAACCAAGUUGAAAAUAUAUGAUUUUCUAUGUUGUAAAAGGCUUUGAUUACCUCAGAUUUCAUAUUUAUUUUCGUAUUAAAUGUUAUUUGUUUAAUUUUCAUCAUUAAACAUUUGACUGAUUCUAGUCAAAGUAAGACUGUGUUCAUAACAUUUGUACUGAUAGGAUGUUUGUAUGAGCUUAUCAUGGUGCUGUUUACUCGGAAUUUAUACUGGUGUACUGUACAUAUUUUGCAUACCGUAUUUGUCCUAAUAAGUGAACCUGCCCAAUAAAUGCAUUCACAACUUUUUUUUUGAGAAAUAAGGGAUGAUAGGUGCAAUGUAAUUGAAACAAAUACAAAUUUCCUUUCUUCACUGAUCUGCUAAUAUUAUCUUCAGUCUUUUAACGAAAGACAAGAUUGUUUUUUCUGCAUGAAGAUAAAAAAAACAAAAAACAAAAAAACAAAUCCCACCAUGAUUUCACUUAAAAAAAAAAUCCCACCUAGAUUUCACUUCCUAGAAACUUUUCCCUGUACAUGGAUAUGAUUAAGUGCACCCAUUUUGUUUUUUGUAAGUGCACAGUACAUUUACUAGUUCAAAUACGGUAAUAAAUAUUACUUUUUGUAUUAAAGAGUAUUUGAAAUAAGUGUUUGAAGGACAUUAUGUUGUUUUGGUCAAUAUAGAUGGUUAUGAGAUAGCGGUGUUUCCCCAUUUGUGGGCAAUAGUUGUUUAAGUAUACAAAUUACAUAUCUAUUUAUGUAGAUAAUUUGAAUAUUAUGGUACGAAUGCAUUUUUCCAUUGAUCAUGUCAUGAAUGAAAAUAUCUUUCAUAUGAUUAUACGGUUCUAUUUUCUGUGUAUUUUAUUAAUCAUAGAGAUGUUUUGACUUAACAACAAUAUUUCACAAACAUCCGUCCAUCAUCUUUUAAUGAACAUUGUCCCUAUUAAAUAUUUUUCUUUGUCCCUUUUAAAUAUUUCUUAACACCAUUAUAUAAUUUUAACUCAAAGAUAUUUAGCAUUGAAUCAUUUUUAAUGUUAUCUACGUAAGAAAGCUUAACCAAAUUCGUUUCAAUCUUUUAUUAUCAAUAUUUUUACUUGAAUAUCUCAUAGUCAGGGUCAGAAGAUUUGAAUAUUUUAUCAGCAUUUGAUUGAUGAGCAAUAUACAUACCAGGGGUAUGUAUUUAUUAUUUGUAUAACAAAUAGUUUGUAUCAAACAUUGUUGUUGUUUUUUUGUCUGUAUCAUGUAUUAAAUGUUUAAAUUUUGUUUCUCAAAUAAUGUUUGGAACAUUUGCAUCAUUUAAACCCUAAACAUUUUCUAGUCUCUGUCAAGCAUUUUCUAUAGUCAGUAUCAAACAUUGAAUAUUUCUAUAGUCUGUAUCAAACAUAUAAUAUUUAAUAGUUUGUAUGAGAUAUUAAUAGGUAGUAUUAAUUACAGUUUAUAAACAUCAUAGUCAGCAUUCGGAUCCUGUUAUCCCAUAUUAUAUCUGAUAGAGACAUUUUGACGAAUUGAUAUUACAACUCCAUUUCAUUCACAAGAGUAGUCACCGAAACACCGCACUCAAAUCCUACACUGGUUGUGAUAUAUACCAAAGUAUAUUCAUAUUGCUACUUACCAACCUGAAGAAAGUGUUUCAUGUUAAAAGUAUGAUAAUUUCUGUGACUUUAAGAUAUCAAUAUAACCAGUGCUUUAAAUCUAAGGGAUUCAUUUAUUUGUUACUAACAUGGUAUUUGUCAUCAAGCUCAUAUUCAGUUAGGCUUGGUAGCCUCUCUGACUCAUCUUUUAUUUGUCAUAACAUCAAAGCUAUUAUCUUUUAAAUUGCAUGAUAUAUUUUUAUAAUUUUAGAAAUAUCUAAAAAAAAUGUUACUAUAUUGGUCAUAAAGACAGAAAAAUAUUUCAUUAAUUUUUUUUUAUUAUAAAGUAUCAAAAAUUAUUUAUAAUUCUGUUGAUGCUUUUUUGUUUUAAAUAUGUAUUAUUUCAAGUAUUGUUGUUGUUAGUGAGUUUUAUUUGACAUGAUAAUUUUUUUAUCUACCAUUGAUACCAAUGGUUACCGAAGAACGAAAAGACAGACAUACUGGGUAAUUUUCGUCCAAUGUUGAACUUUUCUAUUUUUGCCCAAUAGGUAGAGGUCGAUUGUAGCGCAAAGUUGCAUUAGCUACCCUAUAAAGAUCUGGCAUAUCGUCAGGGUAAAUUUGAAAGUGGUUGAAAUACAUGUAGUAUUUUUUGUUAGAGGGUGAAAGUUUCCAAGGAUGAAAGUCUUUUUGUACAGAACAUCUUGAUAAUUACACUUUAAAUUUUAGAUAUGUUUUGUUUUUUUCUGUUGAUAUAUACAGUAUUCUAACGGCUAUAUCCAUGAUUAAUUUUUUGUGCUAUCAGUUAUUUUAUUAAAAGACAUUUUACUGCAGAUAUUUACUUUUGUAAAGAUAAUACAAAUUAAUGGAGUUGAUUUAAACUGAACAGUUGUCAGAUAAUCAUGAAAUUAAUACACCAAAGCUAAAUCAAGUUUCUUUAAAAAGAUGAAAAUUUGUAUAUACUAAUAAUGUUUUUUUUUAUCUUUUCAUUCUACAUUCUAUUGGUGCAUUUAGUACAGUGCCCAUCGUACAAUUCCGUAUUUUCCUAAGUUGUUUUUUUACAAUUGUUGAUAACUUAUGUUAUUAUGCUAAUAAUUACCUGUACUUGUAAUAUGUACUGUAUUUCUCAGCUAUAAUCUUAUUUCUGACAAUAAGCCCAUGUCUGACAUUAAGCCCAAGUAUGACAAUAAGCCUAUGUCUGAUAAAUAAGCCUACCUAUAUACAAGUGUGGUACUGUAAAAUUGACAUCAUUUUCCAUGAUAUAAUUGCACUGUUGUUCGAGAUCAUGUAUUUGUGCCCUGGGAUUUUACAAGGCUAUAUAUUAAAUAUUCAUGAUUUCCUUGUAUUGAUCAUAUCCUUGAUUUAUUAUGUAUAUUAUGUUGAAAUCAAAGUUGUGAAAUCUGUUGUGUAGAAAUAACUUGUGGCCAUUAACACAGGGAACAGACAUAGUAAUGGUAGCUUUAAUGUUAUUAUAAUACAUGUAUUGAUAUGUCUAACCCCUGUGAUCUCUAUCAUGGAAUAUUGUAGCAUUUAACCAUUGUCGAAUACUUCAUGAGGGAAAUGUUUCAAAAUGGGCCAAAUAUUUUUGAAAUCUAUAUUUAUAUGUAAAUGUUAUGUUAAUAUGUGUGAUUUCUUGAUUUAGUGUAAAUUCCUGUAUCUGGGAUAACUUUUCAAAUGUAUGAUUUCAUUUUUCUGUAAGCUGUGUUUUUUUUUAUAUAUGGUGAAUUCAGACUUUAAUUAGUCUGUACAAAUUAAUGUUUGUUUAGAUAUUUCAGUCUUUUCAAAGUUUUAUUUCGUGAUUUUUGUACACUAUUGUACAACUUCAUUAUCAAGACACAGACUAACAAAGAGAUCUGCCAGUUUAUUCCAGAACUAAUUUUUAAGGUUUAUAUAUAUAAAGACACUUUGAGGCGGGUCAUGAGGGUCAACACUUGAGGUCAUUAGGGUCAAUAUAUUGGUUUUAAGAGUUUUAAUUGGGUUAAAAAUGGUUUAAAUUAUGCAUGCUACCCUAUACCCAUCAGUGGGACCAACAUGAGAUAGCAGGAGAGGGUUACUCGGAGAAUCUAAAUUGUUUACGUGGGUAAAUAAAAUACAACAUGUAUAUCCAAUAUACCAACUGAAGAGUCAACUGGUAGUUCUGCAGAGCAAAGAGGACCGACUUCCAGGUUUCACAAGGAGGGUUUCUUUUAGAGGUCAUAUGGUAUGGUGUGAGUUAAGUAUGCAUGGGGUGAGGGUAGGGAUUGGUGCUCAGUUGGGCCCUGUGAGGGAUAUGGGGGUAGUCGAGGCUUAAAUAUAUAUAUUUUUUUGUUUUGAUUGUUCAACUUAAGAUUUAAUGCAAUGUCUAUCGUAGCCAAAUAAUUUGUUACAUGUAUAAUUAUAUGGUUUGUGUUGUGUUUAAGUUUUAAGUACAUUUUGUAUUUGAAUAAAAUAGGAUUCAUCAGGUAUGGUGAAGAA